AUGGGCAUGUGGAUGGCCUUGCACUCCAUCUGCUUGGCUUUUAUUGAAGUGCUCACAUACUGGAGUGAGGUUCUCUCCACCAUGGCCAGGAGGCCCCGGAGCAGCCGGGCUUGGCAUUUUGUCCUAAGUGCAGCUCGUCGAGAUGCUGAUGCCCGGGCUGUGGCUCUGGCUGGCACUACUAACUGGGGCUACGACUCUGAUGGUCAGCACAGUGACUCGGACUCCGAUCCCGAGUUCCCAUCCCUGCAGAUGUCCAUCCCCAGUGCUGUGCCUGUGACCGGGGAGUCCUUCUGUGAUUGUGACAGCCAGAGCGAGGUCACCUUUUGCAGCAGUCGACACAGUGGCAGUCACCGUGGCAGAGACUGCCGCUGCGGGGAGGAAGACGAGCACUUUGACUGGGUCUGGGAUAACCUCAACAAGUCCUCAGCCACCCUGCUCAGCUGUGACAACCGCAAGGUGAGCUUCCACGUGGAGUAUAGCUGCGGCACGGCGGCCAUUCGCGGCACCAAGGAGCUGGGCGAGGGCCAGCACUUCUGGGAGAUCAAGAUGACAUCGCCUGUCUACGGCACGGACAUGAUGGUGGGCAUUGGGACAUCAGACGUGGAGUUGGACAAGUAUCAGCACACCUUCUGCAGCCUGCUGGGCAGGGAUGAGGACAGCUGGGGCCUCUCGUACACGGGGCUCCUUCACCACAGGGGUGACAAGAUGAGCUUCUCCUCGCGUUUCGGCCAGGGCUCCAUCAUCGGCGUGCACCUGGACACCUGGCAUGGGAGGCUGACCUUCUUCAAGAACCGGAAAUGCAUAGGUGUAGCAGCCACACAACUGCAGAACAAGAAGUUCUACCCGAUGGUGUGCUCCACGGCUGCAAAGAGCAGCAUGAAGGUGAUCCGCUCGUGUGCCAGUGCCACCUCCCUGCAGUAUCUGUGCUGCUACCGCCUGCGCCAGCUGCGGCCUGACUCUGGGGACACACUCGAGGGGCUGCCGCUGCCCCCUGGCCUCAAGCAGGUGCUGCACAGCAAGCUGGGCUGGGUGCUGAGUAUGAGCUGCAGCCACCACCGGCCGCCUGUGCCCAGCCCUGAAGCUCGGCCCUCCCAGAGGAAGCGCUGCCGCAGGACCUAA